GGUCCCAGCAAUCAGCAUGACCAGCCAGUCUCAGGGAAUCCAGCAGCUUUUGCAAGCAGAAAAACGUGCCAAGGACAAACUGGAGGAAGCCAAAAAAAGAAAAGGAAAGAGGCUGAAACAGGCCAAAGAAGAAGCCAUAGCUGAAAUCGACCACUACAGGUUACAAAGGGAGAAGGAAUUUAGGAGCAAGCAAACAAAUGAAAUGAGCUCCCAAGGUAACCUCUCAGCUAAAAUAGAAGAGCAAACAAUAGAAACCAUCCGAAACCUCACUAGCAGCUACCACAAGAAUAUGGAGAGCACCAUGAAAAAGCUUUUGAGCACGAUAUGUGACAUCAACCCUGAAGUUCACCCAAACUUCAGAUUCAUUGAUGUGCCAGGGAAGGAUGUUUGUAAAAAUUAG